AUGCGCAUUCAGGACAGGAUGAAGCACACUGUGGAUUUCAAGAACAAAGGGUUCAAGCCAAACACAAGGGGGCAUCCAGUGCAGGAUUCUUUCACCACGCUAGAAGAGCUACUUACGGAGCUACCAGAGGCAAUCAGCUUCAAUAUUGAGAUAAAGUAUCCUAGGCUUCAUGAAGCUGUCGAGGCUGGUGUCGGACCAUUUGGUAUCGAGAUUAACACGUUCAUUGAUCGGAUACUCGACCAGAUCUUCCGUGUCAGUAGUAGAAGGACCAUUAUACUCUCCUCCUUUUCGCCGGAGAUUUGUAUUCUUUUGGCAAAAAAGCAAGAUACAUAUCCUGUCUUGUUUAUCACGAACGCCGGCAAACUACCAAUGUCGGACAUGGAGAUGAGGGCUAGUAGUCUUCAAGCUGCGGUCCGUUUCUCGAAGAGAUGGAAUCUGACCGGCAUCGUCUUUGCUUCGGAGACCUUGGUUCUUUGCCCGAGACUUGUGGGUUAUGUUAAAAGAUCGGGUCUUGUCUGUGGGUCAUAUGGCCCUUUAAACAACAUCCCUGAGCAUGCUAAAAGGGAUGUUAACGUGAUGGGAGGCUAUGACGGAUGGAUGGCUCGGCCCUGGGGAUCCGAUCGUAUGGGCGAAUCUCCUAUCAUUAAGGCGGACGGCGGCGGCGAGAAUGAGAAAGUCUGGCCUCAGGUUAAGCCCACGGACGUCAUCAAAUCCUCCCUCGAGUCCUUUAGGGCCGCUGGCCACCAUUACGACGCGUCAACCUUGAGCAGUCGUAUAGCUGAUAUCUUUGCUUCCAGCGCUAAUACAUAUACGGAGGGUUGGAGCAUGGAAGGUCUCUGGACUAUCCCCGUGUGUGACAUUAGCAACGUCGUCAACAAUCCCGACUACAUAUGGUCGAGGAAGGCGGAUAUCCUUAAACCAUACGGUUUCAACGAGAAGGCACGUUGGUGUGGACCGAUUUGUGGAAUGGACAAGAACACGACGGUAGAAUUCUACAAAGCAGCUAAUUUCAAGGAUGAUCUUAUUGCCCCGUUCCUGGACGAUUGUUCUCAGCAGAGAGACUACGAGCCUGGACACACUGGUAAAAUAGAAAUGCCUCUUUGGUUCACUGUUGGUGAGAUGCAGAUGUCGUUCAGCCUGGAUUUUGCAGCCCGCUCGGCCACAUUUACUCUUCCUGCACUUUCCGAAGUACACUACUUGUCUUUUGAAUUAAUGUCUCAAUCCGUUGCUCUGAUACUCAACCUUGUCAUGGUGUCCAUUAAGAAUGUUUGGAUUGACUCGGUUUAUCACACGCAGGAGGAUAUCGAUGCUACAUAUACACUCUACUAG